AUGUCUGGUGAAGAAGAUCUCAUCGACUACUCCGAUGAGGAGAUCCAGACCACCGAGCCCACCGCGGCCUCGAACGGCAAGAAGGGCGAUCUCGCCGCCGGCGGCAAUGUUGAUAAAAGGGCAGCUAUGUCGCUUCUGAGGGCCAUUGGCGACUGUGGAUUCGAACAUCCUUCGGAGGUCCAGCAAACCUGUAUCCCCCAGGCUCUUCUUGGAGGUGAUAUCAUCUGCCAGGCCAAGUCUGGUCUCGGAAAGACUGCCGUGUUCGUUCUCACGACCCUCCAGCAGGUCGAACCCGUCAAUGGCGAGGUUUCCGUCCUAGUCAUGUGCCACACUCGCGAGUUGGCGUUCCAGAUCAAGAAUGAGUACAACCGCUUCAGCAAGUACAUGCCCGGUAUCAACACCGGCGUCUUUUAUGGCGGCACUCCGAUCCAGAAGGAUGUCGAAACCAUCAAGAACAAAGACACUUGCCCCCACAUCAUUGUCGGUACUCCAGGCCGUCUGAACGCUUUGGUUCGCGACAAGAUUCUUCGUCUUGGCAGUGUCCGCAUCUUUGUUCUUGACGAGUGCGACAAAAUGCUUGACCAAGUUGACAUGCGACGAGAUGUACAGGAUAUUUUCCGUGCCACGCCGCAGCAGAAGCAGGUGAUGAUGUUUUCCGCCACCUUGUCAGACGAGAUCAAGCCUGUGUGCCGCAAGUUCAUGCAAAACCCCACCGAGCAUUACGUUGAUGAAGACACGAAGCUCACCCUUCACGGUCUUCAACAAUACUAUGUCUCGCUUGAGGAGCGCGAGAAGAACCGGAAGCUCAAUGAGCUUCUUGACGAAUUGCAGUUCAACCAGGUCAUCAUUUUCGUCAAGAGCACUCUUCGUGCCACCGAGCUAGAUAAGCUGCUGCGCGAGUGCAACUUCCUUCGAUCUCGUAUUCGUCGCUACAAAGAAUUCAAGGAAUUCAACAAGCGCAUUUGCGUUGCCACCGAUGUCUUCGGACGUGGUAUCGAUAUCGAGCGUAUCAACUUGGCUAUCAACUACGAUUUGCCUGCUGAUGCCGAUUCCUACCUGCAUCGCGUUGGUCGUGCCGGUCGUUUCGGUACCAAGGGUCUUGCUAUCUCAUUCGUCAGCACAGAGCAAGACAAGGAGGUCCUCAAGGCCAUCGAGAAGCGCUUUGAGGUUGCCCUUCCUGAAUUCCCCAAGGAGGGUAUCGAUGCCAGCACCUAUAUGGCUUCCUAG